AUGAACAACCUCCCAGACGAAAUCAUUCACAUCACCCAGGGCUUCGUCCCGCUCUCCCUGCUUCUCACGCGCCUCGCCCAGUCUACGCAUAACAUGGUCCAGGACAAGGUCGCCGAGCUGGCCAAGAUGCCAAUUCCUGCUGCCGCCAUGAACGGGAAUACGAACUACACACAAAGCGCUCCGGAUGACACAUCGAACGAGAACAUUAGGAAAAAGGCGGCAUUGCUGCACUUCGCCCAGGACAUGCACGCAAAAUGGGUCAAGGCGCUGGUCAUCGUUGAAUGGAGUAGGAAGGCUUCUUCGGUCAGCAAGCUCAUUGAUCUCAAAUUCCACAUCGAUCAACAGCGGAUCCUCUACGAUGCAGCCCUGGAUGGCAUGAUCAAUGUGAAGCGAGACUUGACGUAUGCGCGGAUACCGAGCCCCGACCUCAAGACUGCACUACAAGUCCUGUCCACUGGAACUGCGCCGUGGAUGCCUGAUCUCAAUUACAUCGAGCCGCCCCCUUUGACAACAGAGGAGCAGCUGAGGGGCAUAGGCGACCUGGAUACGCUGCUGUCUCUGCGACUGAAUCUUGAUGACUUUGACAAAAUCCCGCCUCAAUUCCGGAGUUAUACAAUCGAAUCAGGCCGGGUCACGUUCAAAGUUGCUGGAGAAUUCGAGGUGGACUUGACGAUUGCUGAUGAGGAUUUCGAGAAGCAGUUUUGGUUCAUUGAUUUCAGAUUUGCCUUUCGGCCGGCGUCAACAUCACUGCCCGACUCUCUACGAGCGCUCCUGGAGAACUGCGUAAACGAGGCGCUUGCGAAAGAUGGAUUGGCCGGCUGCUAUCAAUUCCUCCACGAAUUUGUGCUGACCGCCAAGAUCAACGAGCUCAGGCGUCAAGCGCUGCAACUGAGCCGGACGUCGUGGACCGGCACACUGGCGGUGGAACGUUUGAACCGAGCCUUGGCCAUUCAGUACUGGACAUCCCGUUCGCCCGCUACAGGCCUGAAGAGCUGGGUCAUCGUUGCGGUAGACAGCGGUCGUAAAAAAGGGGGCAGGCCGGAUCCCAAGACGUCCAGUCACUUGGUGGCAAAGUGGUAUCGCGAUGGCAAGGAGGUCAAGGACGUCGAGAUCGAGGUCAACGCCGAGAAUCUGUCCGCCGAGUCUUUGCUGAACGACGUUGUCGGACGGCACAUUGAGUUCAUCCUAUCGGGUAUCCACACUGGACUGUUGGCAGCCCCGAGAUUUAAGAAUCGCGAAAGCGGCGUGGUGCUCAACAUCUCCAAGACCGAUCCAGGGGCGUCCUGCUUGUCUCUGCAUGUAGGAUAUGGCGGCACGGUGUCGCUGUUGAUCGAGCCGACGAGCGGCGCUUUCGCGAUGAAGCCGCAUUCGAAGUUCUCCAUCCAGCCGGAGCUCCAGCUGAACAAUGGCAAGACGCCAGCGGAAGACGGAGUCACCUUCUUGGAGCACCUGCGAUGUGCGAUUAUCGAAGAUGAAUUGGGCCGAAUGGGAACUGCCAGGGGCUGGUCUGUCCGGAAAUCGCCCAUCUCUGUUGAUGAGUUGAGGUCAAUCACCAAGAUGCGCAGAUGGAGCCGCGCUCUGUGGCUCCAGCACGGAGGAUGGGGACCAACGUGGUUUGUCGGGAUCAUUCUCAGCUUGGAUGGGGAUGAAUGGUGGUUGAUUGAGACGGAUCCCGCGCAUCCGAAUGGCGCUUCCAAAUUCCACACGCGACUUCCGCUGAACAAGGGGACUCCUCAGCUGUCAGGGGCCUUCUGGGAUAACCUCAAUCAGUUUGCAGCCAGCAUGAUCACCCAGUCGGUGGAUAUGAGAGAGCUCCACCGACGUAAGAUCAAGUGCGAGGCAAAUGGAAGCAUCGAUCUGUCGCUACCGCCGCAGGUUAGAAUACCAGCCAUCGAAGUGGCACUGUCGGCCAUAUUCCCAUCGAUACUGCCAGACGGCACAGAGGAGGCAGCCUCUCAGAACAGCAGCAAUCUCGAGCUGCAUAGCGAUCGGGACAUGCUUGCGCUGUUACGAUCAAAGGCAGGGAUCUCUUCAUCGGCCAAGGAGCCAUGGGCAGAAAACGUGGUGGCCAUCAAGUUCAAGCGUGCCGAUUCGGAAUCGAGACAAGUAUCAAGCGACGGCGGCCUCGUAACUCACGACCUUGUCUGCACGUCAGAAGUGGCCAUCAAAGUCCGACGGCCAAUGAAGUUCUUGGCUCUAAGUGGCUUGAGGGAUCGGGAUGUUUGCUACAACGUCGAAACAAGCGAGUUCAUCUUGCGCGUUCAACGUCGCGCCACGGAGCCGAUAUUCGACAUCCUCAAGUCUCGAAUCAAGGCCAUUGAUCGAUUUGUCAACUUCCUAGAGGCUAUGGAGAAGGCCAAGGGCUCCAUCACGACCAGCUCGAUGACGCUGAAGAAGCAAGAUGGCGCCUCCGCCGCUCCGGCUGCCCCUGAACAGUGGAGGGUACAGCUGGAUCUCUCGAGCGAAGACAUUGACAUCCACAUGGACCCGAAUAAUCCUCAUCUCAAGGUGAUUGACAUUGCAAGGACACUGGCGAACUCCGAGGACGGCAUCGGCCUGCUGAUGGUGUGGCUGCCCAUUACCUUUUACGCAGUGAAGGCCAUCAAAGAGCUCGACGCGCAGUGGGUCGAGCCGUCGAUGAAGGAACUGGGCCACCUCGACUUCAGCAUGGAGUCGAUGGGAUGGAUCGUCAUCAAGUACAACACCUUUGCCAAGGGACGCAACGGAGAGAGGACGAACAAGGUCGUCUGCCUGCAGUUGCGGAUACGGCCGCGCCGGGGCGAAGGGUGGUGGCACGCUCAGCGGGUUGCAGCCGGCUCGCCGCCAGACGACGAGUUUGACCAGGCGCUGAAGGCCGUGUGGGACGGCAAGGGGAGGCACUGGAUCGGGUUGUCGAGCGGCGCGGCGGCGGCGUCGAACGAGGGCGUCAUGGACAUGCUGUUUGCGAUUGACGGCGCGAUUCGGGGGGCGGCGUCUGCUCCGGGCGUGAAAAGAGAGGUGAUAUCUCUGGACUGA